AUGAGUCCUGUUGUCCUGCUGGCCAUCCUGUGCUUGGGAGUAGCCAGAGCUACUCAACCAUCUGAUCCCAGUUUGGAUUCUGAAUGGCAGGAGUGGAAGACAAAGUAUGAGAAAAACUACAGCCUGGAGGAAGAAGGACAGAAGAGAGCAGUAUGGGAAGAAAACAUGAAAGUGGUCAAACAGCAUAAUAUUGAAUAUGAUCAGGAAAAGAAAAACUUUACCAUGGAACUCAAUGCAUUUGCUGACAUGACUGGUGAGGAAUUCAGGAAAAUGAUGACUAAUAUCCCAGUCCAGAAUCUUAGGAAGAAGAAAAGUAUCCAUCAACCUAUUUUUCGUUAUCUACCGAAAUUUGUAGACUGGAGAAGAAGAGGCUAUGUGACUUCUGUGAAGAAUCAGGGCACAUGUAAUUCUUGUUGGGCUUUUUCUGUGGCUGGUGCCAUAGAAGGACAGAUGUUCCGGAAGACUGGCAGACUGGUCUCACUGAGUCCACAAAAUCUAGUGGACUGUUCUAGACCUGAAGGGAAUCAUGGCUGUCAUAUGGGCAGUACGCUCUAUGCUUUAAAGUAUGUAUGGAGUAAUGGAGGUCUGGAGGCUGAGUCAACUUAUCCAUAUGAAGGAAAGGAAGGACCCUGCCGGUACCUCCCAAGACGUUCUGCUGCUAGAGUCACAGGCUUUUCUACUGUAGCAAGAAGUGAGGAAGCCUUAAUGCAUGCUGUAGCAACUAUAGGGCCCAUCUCUGUUGGAAUUGAUGCUUCACAUGUAUCUUUCAGGUUCUAUAGGAGAGGCAUUUAUUAUGAGCCAAGGUGUAGUAGUAAUCGUAUCAACCAUUCUGUUCUGGUAGUCGGCUAUGGCUAUGAAGGAAGAGAAUCAGAUGGCAGGAAAUAUUGGCUGAUAAAAAACAGUCAUGGUGUAGGAUGGGGCAUGAAUGGCUACAUGAAGCUUGCCAGAGGCUGGAACAACCACUGUGGAAUUGCUACAUAUGGCUUUUAUCCCAGAGUGUGA